AUGUUAGUUACCUUAACCUCCUCCCCCAGAAUCUUAAUAUUUCUCGGUUCACUUUCUACCGAUCCUACAUUUUCCACGGUCGAGGUUGCCAAGCACAAGAAUGAGGAGAAUGGUUUCUGGUUAAUUGUCGAGAAUGACGUCUUUGACGUGACCCAAUUCCUCGACGAGCAUCCCGGUGGCUCCAAGAUCCUCAAGCGCGUGUCGGGAAAGAAUGCUACCAAGCAGUUUUGGAAGUACCACAAUGAGCACGUCCUCAAGAGAUAUGGUGAGAAGCUCAAGGUCGGAACGGUCGAGGAGGCACCCAAGCUUUGA